GGCAGCUACAGCGAUCUUUAUCCAGACUCUGACGACUCCAGCGAGGAUCAGAUAGAAAACAGCAAGAACACCUGGAGCUGCAAGUUUGUCUCCUCUGGAGGUCUGCAGCUUCUCCUGGAGAUCUUCAACUCGGGCAUCCUGGAGCCCAAAGACCAGGAGUCCUGGACUGUGUGGCUGCUCGACUGCCUCGCCUGCCUGCAGAAGCUGAUCUGUCAGUUUGCCGUGGACCCAGCUGACCUGGACCUGGCGUACCACGACGUCUUCUCCUGGUCCGGCCUCGCAGACAGUCAGCGCAAACGAGCGUGGCCGGGGAAAUCACGCAAAUCCACCGUGGAGCACGGGAAGGGUCUGCACAUCCCUCGACUCACUGAGGUGUUCCUCAGCCUGGUUCAGGGCACUAACCUCAUCCAACGCUUGAUCAACGUGGCCUACACCUACGACAACCUCGCACACAGAGUUCUUAAGGCUCAGUCCGACCACAGGUCUCGUCAUGAAGUGACCCACUACUCCAUGUGGCUGCUGGUCAGCUGGGCCCACUGCUCCUCCACGGUGAAGUCCAGUCUGGCCGACAGCGACCAUCUUCACGACUGGCUGAAGAAGCUCACGCUGCUGGUGCCUGAGCCGGCGGUGAGACACGAGGCGUGCAACGGCCUCUACAAGCUGUCUUUGUCGGGGCUGGAGAGCGGAGAGUCCAUCAACAGAUCCUUCCUGCUGCUCGCCGCCUCCACGCUGCUCAAGUUCCUGCCCGACGCUCAGGCCCUCAAACCACUCAGGGUGGAGGACUAUGAGGAGGAGCCUCUGCUGAAGACGGGCUGUAAGGAAUACUUCUGGCUGCUCUGCAAACUCAUCGACAACAUCCACGUUAAAGACGCCAGCCAGAAGGUCUCUCCCUCUCUGUCGCUGGCCACCCCGCUGCAGACGACGCUGCUCGACCUGGACGCUCUCGCUCGACACCUCGCUGACUGCAUCCGGAGCCGUGAGAUCCUGGACCAGCAGGACGGGAUGAUCGAAGACGACGGGCUGACGGGCCUCCUGCGUCUCGCCACCAGCGUCCUCAAACACAAGCCUCCCUUCAAGUUCUCGCGCGAGGGUCAGGAGUUCCUGCGCGACGUGCACAACCUCCUCUUCCUCCUGCCCAGCCUGGCAGACCGCGCUCAGCCCAAAUGUAAAUCUCACGCCGCCCGGGCCGCCGCCUACGACCUGCUGGUGGAGACGGUGAAGGGAUCCGUGGAAAACUACCGGCUGCUGCACAACUGGGUCAUGUCCCAGCACAUGCAAGCUUCUCACGCCCCGUAUAAGUGGGACUACUGGCCCCACGACGAUGUUCGGGCCGAGUGUCGCUUCGUGGGUCUGACUAACCUCGGGGCCACGUGUUACCUGGCCUCCACCAUCCAGCAGCUCUACAUGAUCCCCGAGGCGCGGCAGGCCGUGUUCACCGCCAAGUACGCUGAGGAUAUCAAGCACAAGACCACGCUGCUGGAGCUGCAGAAGAUGUUCACAUAUCUCAUGGAGAGCGAGAGGAAGGCGUACAACCCUCGUCCGUUCUGUAAAACGUACACGAUGGACAAACAGCCGCUGAACACCGGCGAGCAGAAGGACAUGACGGAGUUCUUCACCGACCUCAUCACCAAGAUCGAGGAGAUGUCCCAGGAGCUGAAAAACACAGUGAAGACUCUGUUUGGAGGCGUCAUCACCAACAAUGUGGUCUCUCUGGACUGCGACCACGUCAGUCAGACCGCAGAGGAGUUUUACACGGUCAGAUGUCAAGUGGCGGACAUGAAGAACAUCUACGAAUCUCUGGAUGAAGUGACGAUAAAGGACACUCUUGAAGGCGACAACAUGUACACCUGCUCCCAGUGCGGCAAGAAGGUCCGCGCUGAGAAGAGGGCGUGUUUCAAGAAGCUUCCGCGGAUCCUGAGCUUCAACACCAUGAGAUACACCUUCAACAUGGUGACGAUGAUGAAGGAGAAGGUCAACACACACUUCUCCUUCCCGCUGCGUCUCGACAUGACGCCCUACACCGAGGACUUCCUCAUGGGCAAGGGAGAGCGCAAAGAGGGUUUUCGGGAAGAAGGAGAGGCAAAAGUUACGGAGAGCUACGAGUACGACCUCAUCGGCGUCACGGUCCACACGGGCACAGCAGACGGCGGCCAUUACUACAGCUUCAUCAGAGACAUCGUCAACCCGCACGCCUACAAGAACAACAAGUGGUACCUGUUCAACGAUGCCGAGGUGAAGCCCUUCGACUCGGCCCAGCUGGCCUCUGAGUGCUUCGGAGGAGAAAUGACGACUAAAACCUACGACUCUGUCACAGACAAGUUCAUGGAUUUCUCUUUUGAGAAGACACACAGUGCCUACAUGCUGUUCUAUAAGCGAGUGGAGCUGGAGGAGGAGAACGGGAAGGACUUCAGUUUUGACGUCUCUCCUGAUCUGCUGGAGUGGAUUUGGCACGACAACAUGCAGUUUCUCCAGGACAAAAAUAUAUUUGAACACACUUACUUUGGUUUCAUGUGGCAGCUCUGCAGCAGCAUCCCCAGCACGCUCCCCGACCCUAAAGCCGUCUCCCUCAUGACCGCUAAGCUCAGCACAUCGUUUGUCCUCGAGACUUUCAUCCACUCUAAGGAGAAGCCCACGAUGCUGCAGUGGAUCGAGCUCCUGACCAAACAGUUCAACAACAGCCAGGCCGCCUGCGAGUGGUUUUUGGAUCGAAUGGCGGAUGAUAACUGGUGGCCGAUGCAGAUCCUCAUAAAGUGCCCCAAUCAGAUAGUCAGACAAAUGUUCCAGAGGUUGUGUAUUCACGUGAUCCAGAGGCUGCGUCCCGUUCACGCUCACCUCUACCUGCAGCCCGGCAUGGAGGACGGCUCUGACGAUAUGGACGGUCCGGUGGAGGACAUCGGGAGUCGCUCCUGCGUGACGCGCUUCGUGAAGACGCUGCUGUCCAUCAUGGAGCACGGGGUGAAGCCGCACAGCAAACACCUGACGGAGUAUUUCGCCUUCCUCUACGAGUUCGCCAAGAUGGGAGAGGAGGAGAGUCAGUUCUUGUUGUCUCUUCAAGCCAUUUCCAUCAUGGUGCAUUUCUACAUGGGAACCAAAGGCCCCGAGAAUCCCCAGGUGGAGGUGCUGUCGGAGGAGGAGGGGGAGGAGGAGGAUGAAGAGGAGGACAUCUUGUCUCUGGCCGAGGAGAAGUACCGUCCUGCAGCUCUGGAGAAGAUGAUCGCGCUCAUCGCUCUGCUGGUGGAGCAGUCGCGCUCAGAGAGACACCUCACUCUGUCUCAGAGCGACAUGGCGGCGCUGACGGGGGGGAAAGGCUUCCCCUUCCUGUUCCAGCACAUCAGAGACGGGAUCAACAUCCGGCAGACCUGCAACCUCAUCUUCAGCCUCUGUCGCUAUAACAACCGCCUCGCAGAGCACAUUGUCUCCAUGCUCUUCACCUCCAUCGCUAAGCUGACUCCUGAGGCUGCCAACCCGUUCUUCAAGCUGCUGACGAUGCUGAUGGAGUUUGCAGGCGGACCCCCGGGGAUGCCCUCCUUCGCCUCCUACAUCCUGCAGAGGAUCUGGGAGGUGAUCGAGUACAACCCGUCCCAGUGUCUGGACUGGUUGGCGGUUCAGACUCCGAGGAACAAGCUGGCUCAUAGCUGGGUUCUGCAGAACAUGGAGAACUGGGUGGAGCGCUUCCUGCUGGCGCACAACUACCCCCGAGUCCGCACAUCGGCGGCGUACCUCCUGGUCUCCCUGAUCCCCAGCAACUCUUUCCGUCAGAUGUUCCGCUCCACGCGCUCGCUGCACCUGCCGACCCGUGAGCUGCCGCUGUCGCCCGACACCACGGUGGUUCUGCACCAGGUGUACAACCUGCUGCUGGGGCUGCUGGGCCGCGCCAAGCUGUACGUGGACGCCAGCGUGCACGGCACCACCAAGCUGGUGCAGUACUUCAGCUUCAUGACGUACUGCCUCAUCUCCAAGACGGAGAAACUCAUGUUCUCCGGAUACUUCAUGGACCUCUGGAACCUCUUCCAGCCCAAACUCUCGGAGCCGGCCAUCGCCACGAACCACAACAAGCAGGCUCUGCUCUCGUUCUGGUACAACAUGUGCGUGGACUGUCCGGAGAACGUGCGUCUGGUGGUGCAGAACCCCGUGGUGACGAAGAACAUCGCCUUCAACUACAUCCUGGCCGACCACGACGACCAGGAGGUGGUGCUGUUCAACCGCGGCAUGCUGCCCGCCUACUACGGCAUCCUGAGGAUGUGCUGCGAGCAGUCGCCAGCGUUCACCCGCCAGCUGGCAUCGCACCAGAACAUCCAGUGGGCCUUCAAGAACCUCACGCCUCAUGCCAGCCAGUACCCCGGCGCGGUGGAGGAGCUGUUCAACCUGAUGCAGCUGUUCGUGGCUCAGAGAGCCGACAUGCGAGAAGAAGAGCUGGAGGACGUGAAGCAGUUCAAGAAAACAACCAUCAGCUGUUACCUUCGCUGCCUGGACGGACGCUCCUGCUGGACCACGCUCAUCAGUGCCUUCAGGGUUCUGCUGGAGAACGACGAGGACCGUCUGCUGGUCGUCUUCAACAGAGGACUGAUCCUCAUGACCGAG